UCCAAUGGCAAGCCUUUCCCUUUCAGAUGCUGUCGCUGCAGACUGCUCCACGCCUGAUGAACUCCGGGAACUCGCUGACUGAAGAAACCCAGGGGAUUGAAAACCAGAGGAAUGGGGUGUCUUACCUGGCUGAAGAGCGUGGCAUUGCAAUGAAGGAUGCCCAGGACUUGAGAGAGGCCCCGUGUGUGAUGCCUAAGGAAAAGUGCUUCACAAAGUGUGACCGGGCUCUGAAAAGUGCAGGUGUCUCCAUAGACCUGCAGAGAUCAUCCAGGUCUGCAUGGCACUGCAAGGUGGCUUGGUUCCUGUGCACUCAAAACGUGGUGGAGACCUUUGAGCAGCUGGACAUGUCUCCAGGCUACUGCUGGCGUUUGAAAGCAUCUCAGAGCCAGGUGGUCUUCAACUUGCCCACAAAAGUCCAGCCGACUGCAGUCACUGUGCAGCACUCAGUGGAAACAAACCUGUGGCACGUCAGCAGCGCUCCCCGUGAUUUUGCUGUCUUUGGCCUGGAUGAGGAAGGAGAGAAGGAAGCUUUGCUUGGGAAAUUCACCUAUGAUGUCAGGAAAGAGGUGACCCAGACCUUCCAACUGCAGACCGAGACCCCCAGAGCUUUUUGGCAUAUAAAGCUCGUCGUACUCAACAACUGGGGAAAUGCAGGACACACCUGUAUUUAUCGGGUGCAGGUUCAUGGGAAGAGAGCGGGAACAAAUGACAUCGGCCAAGGACAUGUGUAGACGCUGCAGAAAGGCGUUUCUUUUAAAAAUAAAACACAAAAUUAUUCCACAUCAGA